AUGGGGCCCAGGGCAACGACCAUCUGCUCCCUGUUCUUCCUCCUAUGGGUCCUGGCUGAGCCGGCUGAGAACUCGGACUUCUACCUGCCUGGGGAUUACCUCCUGGGUGGUCUCUUCUCCCUCCAUGCCAACAUGAAGGGCAUUGUUCACCUUAACUUCCUGCAGGUGCCCAUGUGCAAGGAGUAUGAAGUGAAGGUGAUAGGCUACAACCUCAUGCAGGCUAUGCGCUUCGCGGUGGAGGAGAUCAACAAUGACAGCAGCCUGCUGCCUGGUGUGCUGCUGGGCUAUGAGAUGGUGGAUGUGUGCUACGUCUCCAACAAUGUCCAGCCGGUGCUCUACUUCCUGGCACACGAGGACAACCUCCUUCCCAUCCAAGAGGACUACAGUGACUACGUUUCCCGUGUGGUGGCUGUCAUUGGCCCUGACAACUCCGAGUCUGUCAUGACUGUGGCCAACUUCCUCUCCCUCUUUCUCCUUCCACAGAUCACCUACAGCGCCAUCAGCGAUGAGCUGAGAGACAAGGUGCGCUUCCCAGCUUUGCUGCGCACCACACCCAGCGCCGACCACCACAUCGAGGCCAUGGUGCAGCUGAUGCUGCACUUCCGCUGGAACUGGAUCAUUGUGCUGGUGAGCAGCGACACCUAUGGCCGCGACAAUGGCCAGCUGCUUGGCGAGCGCCUGGCCCGGCGCGACAUCUGCAUCGCCUUCCAGGAGACGCUGCCCACACUGCAGCCCAACCAGAACAUGACGUCAGAGGAGCGCCAGCGCCUGGUAACCAUUGUGGACAAGCUGCAGCAGAGCACGGCGCGCGUCGUGGUCGUGUUCUCGCCCGACCUGACCCUGUACGACUUCUUCAAUGAGGUGCUGCGCCAGAACUUCACGGGCGCCGUGUGGAUCGCCUCCGAGUCCUGGGCCAUCGAUCCGGUCCUGCACAACCUCACGGAGCUGCGCCACACGGGCACCUUCCUGGGCAUCACCAUCCAGAGCGUGCCCAUCCCGGGCUUCAGUGAGUUCCGCGAGCGGGACCCACAGGCUGGGCUGCCACCCCUCGGCAAGACCAGCCAGAGGUCUACCUGCAACCAGGAGUGUGACAACUGCCUGAACGCCACCUUGUCUUUCAACACCAUUCUCAGGCUCUCUGGGGAGCGUGUCGUCUACAGCGUGUACUCUGCGGUCUACGCCGUGGCCCACGCCCUGCACAGCCUCCUCGGCUGUGACCACAGCACCUGCACCAAGAGGGUGGUCUACCCCUGGCAGCUGCUUGAGGAGAUCUGGAAGGUCAACUUCACUCUCCUGGACCACCAAAUCUUCUUCGACCCGCAAGGGGACGUGGCUCUGCACUUGGAGAUUGUCCAGUGGCAAUGGGACCGGAGCCAGAAUCCCUUCCAGAGCAUUGCCUCCUACCACCCCCUGCAGCGACAGCUGAAGAACAUCCAAGACAUCUCCUGGCACACCAUCAACAACACGAUCCCUGUGUCCAUGUGUUCCAAGAGGUGCCAGUCGGGGCAAAAGAAGAAGCCUGUAGGCAUCCAUGUCUGCUGCUUCGAGUGCAUUGACUGCCUUCCCGGCACCUUCCUCAACCACACUGAAGAUGAAUAUGAAUGCCAGGCCUGCCCAAGUAACGAGUGGUCCUACCAGAGUGAGACCUCCUGCUUCAAGCGGCAGCUGGCCUUCCUGGAAUGGCAUGAGGCACCCACCAUCGCUGUGGCCCUGCUGGCCGCCCUGGGCUUCCUCAGCACCCUGGCCAUCCUGGUGAUAUUCUGGAGGCACUUCCAGACGCCCAUGGUUCGCUCGGCUGGGGGCCCCAUGUGCUUCCUGAUGCUGACGCUGCUGCUGGUGGCAUACAUGGUGGUCCCGGUGUACGUGGGGCCGCCCAAGGUCUCCACCUGCCUCUGCCGCCAGGCCCUCUUCCCCCUCUGCUUCACCAUCUGCAUCUCCUGUAUUGCUGUGCGCUCUUUUCAGAUCAUCUGUGCCUUCAAGAUGGCCAGCCGCUUCCCACGCGCCUACAGCUACUGGGUCCGCUACCAGGGGCCCUAUGUCUCUAUGGCGUUUAUCACGGUACUCAAAAUGGUCAUUGUGGUAAUCGGCAUGCUGGCCACGGGCCUCAGUCCCACCACCCGUACUGACCCCGAUGACCCCAAGAUCAUGAUUGUCUCCUGUAACCCCAACUACCGCAACAGCCUGCUGUUCAACACCAGCCUGGACCUGCUGCUCUCAGUGGUGGGUUUCAGCUUCGCCUACAUGGGCAAGGAGCUGCCCACCAACUACAACGAGGCCAAGUUCAUCACCCUUAGCAUGACCUUCUAUUUCACCUCAUCCAUCUCCCUCUGCACCUUCAUGUCUGCCUACAGUGGGGUGCUGGUCACCAUUGUGGACCUCUUGGUCACUGUGCUCAACCUCCUGGCCAUCAGUCUGGGCUACUUCGGCCCCAAGUGCUACAUGAUCCUCUUCUACCCGGAGCGCAACACGCCUGCCUACUUCAACAGCGUGAUCCAGGGCUACACCAUGACGAGGGACUAGUGCCACCCGGUGGCAUCUGGGAGGGAGGGAGGGCCACGGAGUUGGGAGGCGGAAGCCAGGGGUCUUCCCUGGCUGGUUCAACUCCAGAUGGAAGCAGGGAAGCCAUCCCCAAUUACUCCCACCUUGCUCUGGUUAAUAAUUUAGCAUUCCUUGGAGGUCCUUUGCAUCUGGGCCAUUUUUACCCACUUAGUGAUGGGUGUUUUAAGACAUCCACACUUCAUUGCUUUCCCUUGACCUAUUUUACAUGCCAGGCACUGUCAUCUUCUAGAAAAAAAACCACCCAAGGUGACCUAUUGGUCUCCAAGGACAAAGUCUGAUUUAGCAGCCUACAGCUGUCAUCUGGCAGUCGCAGUGGGCACCUGCGGGUUGCAGCUCAUUCCCAUCACUCAUGUUCAAGGCCAAGGGAGGCCUUGGGUUCACUGGGCUGGGUGGGCUGGGCUGGUCUGGGCCAGGGUUGGUGUGGGCGGGUGGGGCCUGCCGUUCAGCACGUGAGCUCAGAUAGUGCAGUCAUGGCUCCAUUUGGUAGCUGUCUCACGUGUCCAUUUCCUUUCCUUAUUCCCGAAGCGCUCGGGUCCAGGUCCCUGGGUUAUCUCUAAAGCAUCGCCAGGCAUAGCGUGCUUCCCAAAUGCUUGUGAAUAAACCUCACUUGGGUGAAAUGAAUGC